AUGGACCCAUCUGCAGAUGAUUCAUUGUUGAAAGAAGAAACAAUUUUGAAUUUAAAUAAGCAAGCCCUCGAAAACUUGCACAACCCAAGCACCGCUUUAUCAAAUCUGCAACAAGCAGAACGAAUUUUGCUUGAAAAUGCAUCACAAAAUCUUAAAAACCGUUUAAAGCUAAUGGCUUUAACAUUUAAUAACUUUGCCUGCUACUAUAAGCGAAUGAAUCAGCCUAACGUGGCUCUGCUAUAUUUAAACCAAGCGUCAAAGCUGGAAUAUCAAACUUUAUCAAGCCCAAUUGACCUGGCAUCGACACAACUUAAUUUAUGUGCAAUAAACUCACAAUUAGGCAGACAUGCAGCAGCACUUGAAAAUGCUAAACAAGCAAUAAAGUUCUUUAGCCAGGUUAAUGAAAACGAGCUCAGCAGCAACGAAAUUAGUAAAAUUGUUGCUGCUUAUUUUAAUGCUGGCACUGAAUUUGAAUAUACUUAUAACCUUGAAGAAGCUUUUGAGCAUAUGCAGAAAGGAUUUGAACUGGGAAAAAAAUAUUUGCAUUUGAAUCACCCUUUAGUGAAAAAUAUAUGCAAAAGUUUAAAUAAUCUGAAGGAAAGAAAAGAAAGACUUAAAUUGUUGGCUGAUGAAAGGAAAUCUGAAAGAAAAAUGCAAAAAAUUAUAUCUCAAAGCAUUAGCCCUCCUCCAUUAAAUAGGAAUACUGGAGGAUUAUCAAAAAAAUCCACCUCAAAAAGGCAUUUUGCAUCAUUUGGCCAAACAAUGGUUUCGCCUAAGUAUAACCCUUUGAAACUACCGAUUACUAUGACAAUGAGACAUGAUAGGCUAAUAAAGAGAGAUAUUGACGUUGGAUUGAAGGUAUAUCUUAUGGAUAAUGAUUCAAAGCAUAGAACUCCACAUAACGUAAGAAGCAUCGAAUAA